GGGAAUAAAAAAAAAUAUUGUAAAAAAAGUGACACACACGCCAUAAUGUAAAUUCGUAUCUUGAUUUGGCGUUUGAGUUAAAAUUUUACAUUUUGAUGAUAAUAAUUCAUUCAGAAUGUUCUAUUAGGGCAUUUAAAAUGUCUUUAGUAAAUAUUGGCUAAGUGUUUAUAAUGGCUCAGUACUACCAGAUAGUUGGACAAGGCCAUUCAUUAACUUUAGAAGAUUUACAAAGAUAUUGUCCUAACAUACGCUUGGAUGGGAUUAUAGUAAACCAGGAUGAGCAGCAAUAUGCUCAACAGCCAGUUAAUGUUGUAGUUCAACAAGCUGAUCAGGCUAAUGACAUCAUAGUGAGUGAGGGUGUUCAGCAGCAAUUAGUUGUGGGUGAUGGUUUACAGUACCAACAACAAUAUAUUAUUCGCCAUGAACCUCCUCCACCUCCACCACCUCGUGCUGACUUCCAACAACAACAACAACAACAGCAGCAGCAGCAACACCAGCAACAGACCUUACAUAGACAUCAAGUUUACUACACAUCUGAUUUACCUGUGGAUGCUCAGGUUGUGUUGCAACAAGCUCAGCAAAUCAUUGAUGCAUCUUUGAUGCAACAGUCAACUCCACAACGGCCACAACAUCAGUUGGUGAGUCCGGCUCAUGUGCUCUCGCAGCCAACGGUGAUCCACCCGGCGCAGCAGCCGCCGCCGCAGCCUCCGCCCCCGCCACCACCGCCGCCGCCCCAACAUGCGCCACAGCAAACCCUACAACAACAACCACAGUUGCAGCAACAACAACAGCUGUCCAGGGCAUCUCCCCAGCUCAUACACCUGCAACAACAACAGUUGCAACAUCAGCUCCAGCAGCAACAACAACAACAGCAAAUGCAACAUCAGUUGCAGCAACAACACCAACAACAUAUACAACCACAGCAAAUACAGCACCAGCAAGUUGUUAUGCACGCGGCUUACAUCAAUCAAGCUGGGACUCCAACCCGCGCGGCGCCUCCUCGCCUGUUGAAUCAAGCGUUGUCUUCGCCGGCUGGAGUGACGUUGGUAAGGACUCCGGUCCGCACGGUCCGGCCCCGCCGACCGCCGGCCCGGCCGUCCAUGCAACCCUCUCAGCCUGGCUCGCUGCAACUACCCACUAGACUGCUCAAUCCUCAACAUAAUCCGCAACACCAGGCCCAACUGGGUUCUCCAGCGGCUGGGAACGGUCGUGGCGCGACCGGCGUGGGUCUGAACGUGGGCAGCGCGGGGCGCGGCGUACGUCCGCAGCGGCCGGCGUCCCCGCGCGUACUGAACCCGCACGCGCAUCAACACCGCCCACCCAGACCUAGGACGCCACUUUUACAGCAGCAGCAACAACAACAACAACAACAGCAGCAGCAGCUUCAACAGCAACAAUUGCAGCAACAACAACAAGCGCAACAACCACAACACCAGCAACAUCAGUUGGCUCAUCAUGUGUUAAACCAGCAAGUACAUCAACAGCAAAUCAAUCAAAUUAAGCUUUCCCCUCAUCAGCACCAAAUACUGCUAAACCAGCAGAAUUCUCCCCACGGGCCGUCACGGAUUAUAACACAACAGGGCACCAUCGUCGCACAAGCUAUGCAGGGCCAGGUCUCCCAGCACUCGGUGGUUCAGGGAAACCAGACGAAUGGACCUUUACCUCAACAGAAUCAAUUGACUCCAAUGCAGCAAAGAGCAUCGCCUCACCCCCAACAAGUGCCGCAGGUGAAGAAAGUAGUCGUUCAGCCUAACAACGCUAACGACAUGGACGAUCUCGAAGAGAGUAUAACAGCCGCGAUAGUGUCCAAGAAUCCAGUGAGCGACCAUAUAAACCAACCGCAACAAUUCCACACCCCUCCACCACCAUUACGUCAGUCACUCCCUAGCAGUUCAGUCUCUCAGCAACAACACCAACAAGUCAACUUUAGCCCUCAACAUGGCUUUGUUACCUAUGAACAACCACAUUUACAACAGCAUUCACAAAUUAUUGGACAACUUUUAAUGGACCAGACCCCAGAGGAAGAAAGACAGUUUGUGACCUUGACGAAUGGACAGAGAAUAACUCUGGCCGAUUUUAGAAGAAUGCAACCGCCGCGGACUCCAAACCAGCAAAAUAGGGAUACUGGAAGACAAACGUUAGUGAGAAGCAAAGAACAGCCGAGGCCAGUUCAACGAGUACCCCCUAUGCAAACACAACAAACGCCACAACUUGAAAAUACAGAGGCUCCAAGUGGGACUUCUGAACAUACUUCCGAACCCCAAUCAGCAAAAAUGUUAAUAUUCCUUCAAAAUGGAGAACAAAGACUUAUAACCUUUACACUGCCUAAAGAGAGUUGUACACUUCAAGAAGUUUUAGAACAGUGUUUGUUUCAGGUUAAUGUACCAUUUUCAGAAGACACAAACAUACAGUGUAUGCAAAAUACAAGUAGUGAAAUAGAUUAUUUUGUAUCUGUCGGUGGAACAGUUAGAAUUGAAGAAAUGUUAGAAAAUCAUCCUAUGUUAAUCGGCGAUUUAAGUAGUCGAAGCUCUCCAACUGUGUUAUCUCAACCUCAAAGUAGCGACAUGUCGACACCUGAAAAGUCACAUUGCCCUGACAAUGGUUCUGAAUCUCCUGAGCAGAGGUCCCCGCCACCAAAAUACGUAGACGGCAUGUUAGCAGUUUGCAAGUUUUGUGGCUAUACUGGAUUCGAUUUCAGUCGAUGUCAAAGGUGUAAACGUGUAUUUACCGAAGAACCCAAAAGCGUACCUGCAAGUAAAAAAGUUGAACUGAAAAAGAAAGAGCCAGAAAAAUCUUUAGUAGAAAAACCAAUAUCGUGUGGCGAAGGUAUUAAAUUGAAUUUGUUAAAAUCCACUAUGAAAACAUUAAAUAAUAAGACAACCCCUGUACAAGAAAAAAAACCACCACGAGUUAGAAAACCUAGAGGAAAGCAACCAGACCCUGAACCAGUUAUUUUGACCCUGAGUUCUGACGAGGAGGAUUCCAAUAGUUCUAUGCUUAGUAAUCAGCAUGAACAGUCUGUCAGUAUGAAGGAACCAUCGCUAAGUGAAAUUGAAGGUGGGACUCCAGAUAGUGGCAUUGGAAUGGACCAUAUGGAUGAUACUAGUAGGGACGAGAUGAAUCCUAGUUUAUUACAGAACAUAGUUACAUCUCUUAAUUGCCGCACUAUUAGGAUCGGCUCCUAUAGAUACACACCUAAAGAAAAGGUUUACAUAUCAUCAAAAGGGAUCAAAAUUGUUGCACCUUCGCUAAAGAAUGAAUCAAAGGAUGUGGCACUCCAAAUUCAGCUGAAGGAAGUUGUAAAAAUUCUGGUACAUUUUGGGAAAGGGAUGCCAGUUAUUUUUUUGUAUACAAUGAACAAGUGUGGCGCCUAUAUUAGGAAAGCUUUAGAUAUGAAUGAAGAUUGUGGUCCAUACUAUAACCCGAUGUCAACUAAUGAUCCAUUUAAAAGAAUAACACUCCUACCAGAUAUAAUAACUGAUGAAGCUAAAGCGACAUUAAAAAUGUUGUUUGGAAAAGUGAUAGAUGAACUGAAUGCUCGAGAGGCUAAUGACAUUUUAGUAAGGACAUGUUCUAAAGAAAGUAAUAAUGUCACAAAAAUGACUACUAGGUCAGCAAGUGCUUCCAGUGCUUCUGGAGUCAAAAGUUCCAGUUCUCCAGAAAUAAGACAAAUAUUAAUUUAUCCUCCUGGUAAAGGUGGUAUACCUAUAAAUACUGAAGACUAUAUGUGCUUAGCACAGGAUCAGUUUUUAAAUGAUGUUAUAAUUGAUUUUUAUUUAAAACAUUUAGUUCAUGAAGUUCUCACUCACAGUCAGAGAGAAAAGACUCAUAUUUUUAGCACCUUCUUUUAUAAAAGAUUGACAACAAAACCCAGUAAAGUAAAUAAAAGUUCGAACCCUCAUGAAUGGGACAGCAGCUUAACUCCAGCACAAAAACGUCAUGCACGUGUGAAAACAUGGACAAAAAAUGUGAACAUAUUUGAAAAAGAUUAUAUUGUAGUUCCUAUCAAUGAAAAUUGCCACUGGUUUGUGGCUAUUAUUUGUUUUCCCAGCUUAGAUGGAUGCAGAAGUAUGAUUGAUAAUCGUACUGUUACUCCACAGGAAAUUAAGAAAAGAGAGCGCAGAUCAUCUAUGCAAAUAGGUAAUACAACAAUUACACCCCUAACAAAACAGGAACAACUUACAUUAAGUUGUGACUCAGAUAAUUUAAGUGAACGUGACGAGGCAGAGGCAGAGGAAAGUGAUUUGGACAUGCAAUGUGAUUCAGAUGAAGAGGAGGGUGAGAAGACUCCGGUAGAAAAGAAACCUGAAGUUCAGCCGGCUGGAAAAACUGAGCCCAUCAAGCAACCAUGUAUAUUAAUAUUUGACUCCUUGGCUGGCGCUUCGAGAUCUCGUGUUGUUGCAACAUUGCGCGACUAUCUGACUUGCGAAUACCAAGCAAAGAUAUCGCCAUCUAAAAUAUUCAAUAAAGACAACAUGAAAGGAAGCUGUCCGAAAAUACCACAGCAAAAUAAUUUUACCGAUUGUGGCUUAUAUUUAUUACAAUAUGUUGAACAUUUUUUUAAGGAACCUAUUAUAGAUUAUUCGUUACCUAUAAAACAACUAGCAAAUUGGUUUGACGAAAUAGUUGUAACAAGAAAACGCGAGGAGAUAUCAAAAUUAUUAAAAACCCUUAUGCAUAAAUACAACCCAGAUUCGCAUUUGACUCUUCCUGAUAUCACAUUCCCUACUUUAAAUGGUAAAUUAAUAGAAAUGGAAGAACAACAAGAAGAGGGAUCAGACGGAGAAAAAGCCAAUGCUAGUUCUAGUAAAUUAAAUAAAACAGAAGGAAAAGACUCAGAAGGCCCUCCCACAUUGACAUUUGUGAAACAAAUAUCCUCUGGUGACAUAUUAGUUAAGAGAAAUUUUAUCGAUUCUUCAGACACAAUACACUUGCGAAAGGCAAUAAGACUUUCUAGUGACGCUGAAAAUAGGUCUAUGGUGCAGAUCAAGCCAGAAUUUAUAAAGAAAGGUGAUAAUGAAAAUCAAAUAUUAAUACCUAUUAAAUUUGCACAGACAAGUGAUUUGGUCAAAGACAUUCAAAAUACGUUAAUAGUGAAUAAGAGUAAUAAAACUAUAAGUGAUAAAAAACAUGGUGUACACAAUCAAAAUGUGUCUAGUUUGAAUUGUAUUCGACAGAAUGUGAGUGACAGUGAUAGCAAUUCGUUUCUCAAAACAAGAAGAAUUAAUAAACUUGAAGAUGUAAUGAAUGAAUCAAGUAAAAAGUUUAAGAAGAAUGAAUGUUAAACAGUUGCCUGUCCAUAUACCAUGUCUAUUAAAUUAUUAUAAUUUAAUAAUGUGUAUAGUAGUUUCUCGGACUUGUAAAUAUUAGUUAUUAUAACAUGUGUAUUUAAUACUGUACCUAUUUUAUAAUGUAAAGUUUAAAAUUUUACUUGUGUAUUAUAUUAGUGGCCACAAUACAAAAAAUACUUGCUA